CUCAUAAGGGGGGAUCCGUUGUCGUGUUUCACGAUCGACAGUAGACAUGAAAAUCAGGAAAGAGUGUUAGACUUGCAUGUUACUGUUUUAUGUUCCUACUUUAUCAAUUUUGUUUCAAAAAAGUAUACGGAUGGGAGACUGGGAAUAGGGGAGCCACUAAAUAACUACAAUGGGGUGGUUGGAGCUAUCAGAGUUAUGACAGCUCCUUCAUUUCAGCUAUCACCAAGGAAAAUUACCGUCUCAAUGGUUGGCAUAAUCCAUGCUAUUGGCAAGCUACGAAAGGAUCUACCAAACUUGAACCUAGCAGUUUCAUUGCACGCUCAAGUUCGAAAACAUUCGCUGUCAAAUAAUGCCUAUUGCAAGGGCCUUUCCUCUGGAAAAACUGAUAAUGCAUUACGAGAAUAUCAAAAUAGCAGGUUUCUUACGCUUUUGAGUCUUGUUAUUGUCCUUCUAGACUGCUUUAUCAAACAAUUUUGGGAUUACAUUCGGAAAAUCUCAUUUGGGACUUUUUGUAGUCAACAAAAAAUAUUUAUCGAGUACAUAAUAUUUGUUCGCGUGAACGACGAGGAGCAGCAUGCUCACCCCACCAGCUUUGGAAAUUGCUAGAGAAAUUUGAAUCUGUUGUGAAUGUGUUACCUUUGAAUCCAAUUGGUUCUCUAAGUCCGUGCAGAACAAGUGAAGAUCAUAAGGUCUUAAAAUUCCAAAGAAUCCUAGAGCUGCAUAUGUUAUCUUGCUAUUAUUUUUGUCUUUUGGUUAUUUGGUAAGUAUAUUUAUUGAGCUUUUAAACAAAGGUUAGUAUAUUUUGUUAGUCCGCAAAGUACUGAAGUUUUGUGUGAAGUUUUGUGGACUUUUGAUGUCUAUGAAGAUCGUAAAAAUCUCUCUUUUUUGUUACAAUUUUAUACAAUCAAUUGUAAAUGAAAAUGGAAAGAACAUCAACCCAAGCACUUCUACCUCAGCUGCCAAAAAACGUCUUACCUUCAAAAUCGAGGCAAGCACCGCACCAACAUCCAAAACCACCUUCACAGAAGUUGAACCGACCACUGAUGAAAGCACACAGCAAACUUCAGCAGAAACACAGGCCUGCUAAAUAGACUUAGCCAUUUAUAUUUUAAAUGGCACAAGUGUCAUAGAACAAACUUUUUGUUUUUGUAUGUAUGUUUUCCAAAAUUUCAGCCAUCUGUUUACAUAUAGAUGUAGCUUUUGGGUAGCAUGAUGUCAUGCAAACUCACUUUUAUCUUUUGCAAGAAUCCUUGGCAGAAUUCCAAGCAUCUAUUUACCUGUAGAUGCUUCAGAAUUAAGUGUUGACGAUUAUCCUUUUUGGAUAACUGCUACAAACAUCUUUUGUGUAUAUAUUAUACGGAUUCAUGUUUUCUUGAUGUCAUGUUCAUGCCUAUGUUAGAUUAGC